AUGAAAAAGUACAACAUAACCCAUAAGGUUUCUACACCUUAUCAUCCUCAGACAAGUGGUCAAGUUGAGGUUUCGAAUAGAGAAAUCAAGAGAAUUUUGGAAAAGACGGUCAACACUACGAGGAAAAAUUGGUCCAUUCGUUUGAAUGCUGCUUUGUGGGCGUAUAGAACUGCAUAUAAAACCCCCAUAGGCAUGUCUCGUUAUCGACUUGUCUAUGGGAAAGCUUGUCACCUUCCAGUGGAACUGAAGCAUAAAGCUUUGUGGGCUAUCAAGCGACUGAAUUUUGAUUUAAACAAGGCUAGAGAAGUACGAAAGCUUCAGUUGAAUGAACUAGAUGAACUGCGGGAUGAAGCCUAUGAGAAUGCAAGGAUAUACAAGGAUUAA